AUGACUGAAUAUCUUAUCUUGAAGAAAAACCUUGCUAAUGAUUUUCAAAUUAAGGACCUGGGAACCUUAAAGUAUUUCCUAGGAAUGGAGUUUGUCAGGAGUUUGUCAGAUCUAAAAAUGGCAUUCUUGUCAACCAUAGGAAGUAUAUUCUACCUACUGAAUGAGACAAGUUUACUUGGUUGCAAGAUAGCAGAAACUCCUAUUGAGCAAAAUUUAAAAUUGGUUGCUACAAAAGAAAAGGAAAAGUACCAGAGGCUUGUAGGGAGACUCAUAUACCUCUCUCACACACGUCUUGACAUUACUUUCACAGUUAGUGUAGUAAGUCAGUUCAUCCAUGCUCCCGGGUCAGUUCACUUUGAAGCAGUUUAUAGAAUUUUGAGAUAUUUGAAAGGUACUCCACGAAAAGGUAUAUUAUUCACGAAGCAUGACCACCUAAACAUUGAGGUUUACACUAAUGUUGAUUGGGCAGGAAGCACGACUGAUAGAAGAUCUACUUCGAGGUAUUUCUCUUUUGUUGGAGGAAAUCUGGUUACUUGGCGAAGUAAAAAAAAAAGUGUGGUUGCAAGAAGUAGUACUGAAGCAGAAUUUAGGGCAUUAGCCCAUGGUAUUUGUGAGGGCAUAUGGAUAAGAAGACUAUUGGAAGAAUUGAAUUUCUCUCAGACAAUGCCCAUACGAAUCUAUUAUGAUAACAAGUCAACAAUUCCAUUGCCCACAAUCCAGUUCUUCAUGAUAGGACCAAACAUAUUGAAGUUGAUAAACACUCCAUAA